CCUUGCUAAGUGGUUGCUAGCUGACCUCCAAGCUCUCUCACCAUGAACAGACAAGUCUGCAAGACAUCUGGUGGUGGCAGCCAGGGUUUCUCGGGCCGCUCUGCCGUGGUCUCUGGCAGCAGCAGGAUGAGCUGUGUGGCCCGCUCUGGGGGAGCUGGCGGAGGGGCCUGUGGGUUCCGGGCUGGAGCAGGCGGCUUUGGCAGUCGCAGCCUCUACAGCCUAGGUGGCAACAAGAGCAUCUCCAUCAGUGUGGCUGGUGGCUGCCGGGCUGGUGGCUUUGGGGGAGGACGUAGCAGCUGUGGCAGUGGCUUUGGAGGUGGCUAUGGAGGUGGCUUUGGUGGUGGCUUUGGUGGUGGCAGAGGAAUGGGAGGUGGCUUUGGAGGAGCUGGUGGCUUAGGAGGGCUUGGUAGCUUUGGAGGAGUUGGUGGCUUAGGAGGGGCCGGUGGUUUUGGUGGAGCCGGUGGUUUUGGUGGGCCUGGUGGCUUUGGUGGGCCUGGUGGCCUUGGGGGGCCUGGUGGCUUUGGUCCUGGUGGCUUCCCCGGAGGAAUCCAGGAAGUGACUGUCAACCAGAGCCUCCUGCAGCCCCUCAAUGUGGAGAUCGACCCCCAGAUAGGGCAAGUAAAGACCCAGGAGCGGGAGCAGAUCAAGACCCUCAACAACAAGUUUGCCUCCUUCAUCGACAAGGUGCGGUUCUUGGAACAGCAGAACAAGGUCCUAGAGACCAAGUGGGAGCUGCUCCAGCAACAGACCACAGGCUCUGGCUCAGGACCCAACAACUUGGAGCCUUUCUUUGAAUCCUACAUCAGCUUCCUGCGCAGGCAGUUGGAUUUGGCUCUGGGGGAGAGAGGGAACUUGGAAGGAGAGCUGAAGAACAUGCAGGACCUUGUGGAAGACUUCAAAAAGAAGUAUGAAGAUGAGAUUAACAAGCGCAAUGCAGCUGAGAAUGAGUUUGUGGGGCUCAAGAAGGAUGUGGAUGCAGCAUACAUGAACAAGGUGGAACUGCAGGCCAAGGUGGACAGCCUGACAGAUGAACUGAACUUCUUGAGGACCCUCUAUGAGAUGGAACUGUCUCAGAUGCAGAGUCAUGUCAGUGAUACGUCUGUUAUCCUGUCCAUGGACAACAACCGCUGCUUGGACCUGGACAGCAUCAUUGCCGAAGUCAAGUCUCAGUACGAGGACAUUGCCCAAAGGAGCAAGGCAGAGGCUGAGGCACUGUACCAGACCAAGCUUGGGGAACUGCAGACCACCGCUGGCAGGCAUGGGGAUGACCUGAAGAACACUAAGAGUGAGAUCAUGGAACUCAACAGGGUGAUCCAGAGGCUGCGAGCCGAGAUUGAGAAUGUUAAGAAGCAGAAUGCCAACCUGCAGGCAGCCAUUGCUGAAGCUGAGCAGCGUGGGGAGAUGGCCCUCAAGGAUGCCAAUGCCAAGCUCCAAGGCUUGCAGACUGUCCUACAGAAGGCCAAGGAUGACCUGGCCCGGCUGCUGAAAGAAUACCAGGAGUUGAUGAAUGUGAAGCUAGCACUGGAUGUGGAAAUUGCCACCUACAGGAAGCUGUUGGAGGGCGAGGAGUGCAGGAUGUCCGGAGAGUGUCAGAGUGCUGUGAGCAUUUCGGUGGUCAGCAAUGUCACCAGCACAAGCAGCAGCUCUGGUGGAAGCCGUGGAGGGUUCAGUGGCAGCAGCAGUGGUGGCUACAGAGGCAGCAGCAGCAGAGGCAGCAGUGGUGGCUAUGGAGGGGUCAGUGGCAGCAGUGGCAGCGGCUACGGGGUCAGCAGUGGCAGCAGUGGGGGCUACCAGAGUGGUAGCAGUGGGGGCUACCAGAGUGGUAGCAGUGGGGGCUACCAGAGUGGCAGCAGUGGGAGCAGGCUUAGUAGCGGAAGCAGCACCUCUGUGAGUCAGAGUGGAAUUGGCUCCAGCUGCGGUGGCAUCCAGACCUCAGGAGGCAGCAGCUAUAAGUCUGGCACUGGAGGCAGCACCGGGAUCCGCUUCUCCCAGACCACCAGCUCGAGCCAGCACUGCUCCAAGUGAUCCUCUGGGGUUAAGUGUCUGUGCCCACUUGCAACCCUCUCAGCCUGCCCACAGCACUUCCCACUCUGCUUGGCAUCAACAAAUGCCAAACUCAACCUCGCUUUUCUUCAAGUUCCCUGGAGAAAGGGCUGAACUUCUUGGCUCCUCCAUCCUCAAGAUCUCUCCUAGGCCAGGGAGGUCCAGCUGCUCAUCUCAGAUGAUGAUGCCCCUGACGAUGGUAACGGUACCUGAGCCCAAACUCCUGUGGGCCUUCCAGCCUGGCCUGUUCCACCCUGGCCCAUCUGCCUCUCUCACUGGGAGCUGAUGGCCUGAAGCAGGCAUAUGUCAGUCCCGCUGAGGAGGGGAGUGCUGGAGGGUGAAUGGUUAAGUUCUCCGGACUGUUGGUUUGCAGGGUGCCCUCCCCACAUUUGGGCAUCUUGUCCUAACUUAUCUCUGUCCCUUUAAUUCCCCCAGCUCUGGAUCCUCUGGUGAUGAUUAUGUUGUA